AAAAGAAUGUACCUGAAGUCGGCGUUGAUGGACAGUCAUCACGAAGACAUUUGUCCGAGGAUUAGAGAGAGGAUCGACAAGACUCAGAUUUCGACAAGAUUAUGCGCUGUAACACCUGCAAAAGGAGGGACAUUUGAAGUAAAAUGUGAUCCGGAUCAGUUUGUUGUCGACCUAAAAAAGAAGAUUUGCGGCUGCAGGGCAUGGGACAUAACGGGUAUUCCUUGUAGCCACGCACUUGCUUGCAUUAAUUUCAUGCGUUAUGACGUACGUGACUAUGUGCAUGAGUGGUACAAGAAGGAUAAAUACCGUGCAACCUAUGAAUUCUCCCUUCAACCAAUUAACGGGAUCAAAAUGUGGCCCAAUGUACAAGGGCUCGACAUUCUGCCACCUCCGUACAAAAAAAUGCCCGGGAGACCAAAGAAAAACAGGAGGAAGGAUCCUGAUGAGGAGCCUAAAAAGGAUCCACGCUUUGCUAGAAAAGGAGUGGCAAUGACAUGUCGUCAUUGCCUUACGGAAGGACACAACAAACGUGGCUGUCCAGACAAGAACAAAGCUCCUGCUGCUAGGCCUGCAAAGCGUGCAAAGGGUCGACCAAGAGGACCACAAUGGGUUGACAAAUCUGUUAGUAGAGGCACCCCUUCAUCUGCAACGAUGAAGAAACAGAGGAAGGAAGAAUUACUUCAACGUACAAUUGCUGCACAGAGAAAUGCCUCUACUUCUGAGCAACGAGCUGAAAUUCAUACGGUGUUGGAAAAUCAGGUGGUGCAAGCCGAAGGAAUCAGAAUAAACACGCGUUCAGGAUUCGUAUAUUCAAAGCCUGCUACGAAUGACGGAGUGAGGUAUGUUAGCGGAGCUGUGGCGACAGCUGCUGCAGUCAGAGAUCAACGUCCACCAACCUCUACUUGCAUUUCAUCUCAACAAGGAUCAACAACCACGUGUGAUCCCCAACGACCAAGCUCUGUUAUGUAUAAGUCUACCGCGUCACAAGCUGCUACUCCUAGAAUUGGCAAACUGCCAAUAAAGAAGGGAAAGAAGAAAGCUUAGGAGCAACUAGGAGCUCCUUUUUUUUGGGUAUAGAUAGCAUAGGUGAAGUAACACCCUUGCUUUUUUGGGUAUAGAUAGCAUAGGUGAAGUAAAACCCUUGCUUUUUUGGCUAUCGGUUAAUGUAAAUUUUUUAUGCCGAUGUUAGCGUACAUUGCUGUUGUUCAUAGGUAAACUUCAAACCUAUGGCUUUUUAGUGCUUUAGCUGUAUGCAAAGUUACGGUGGUAGCUCAGGUGUUUUCGUACACCAUGCUUUUUUUGAGCUUUGAAAAGCUAUAGAUAUAGCAAAGGUGUUUGUACAAAACCUUGCUUAAUUUAUAUAGUAUUUUGUGUUAUACUGUUA